UAAUAAGGAGGGAAAAGAAAAAAAAGGAAAGAUAGAGAAACAGAACUCAGAAUUUCUUAUUAUUGUCUGAGAAUCGACAACGUAAUAUUUUUGUAUUAGUCGAUGUUGUUGUCAGCCUCGUGAGAUUUCCAUUUUUGCUUCGCAAAUUGGCAAUGGGCCUCACCACCGGACUGUCGUCUCUCUCUCCUCUGCUCUUCCUCUUCCAUUGUCGCAGUCUUCCUCCCACUUCGAUCUUCAGCAAUGCUCGAAUCACAGCCGAUUCUGGGGUUCUGUCUUCUCCUCUCUGGGUGUUCGGAAAUUAGGGUGUGGACGAUUUUGUUUUCUAGCGCCUGCUUUCGGGACCAAACUGCAUAAAAAUGGCUGAUGGGAGCUCACUUGAUGAGAUUUUAGAAUUUCUAAGAAAAAACAAGUUAGCCAAAGCGGAGGCUGCUCUUUGCACCGAGCUCAGUAAUCGUCCCGAUUUAAAUGGCUUCCUUGAGGUGCAUACACUUGAAGAGAAGGACCCUGGUAUUGUGAUCCGUAGAGAAAAAGUAGGUAAAAAUAGUGCAAGAAAUGAGGUUUUGGAUCACCAAAGUAGCCCAGAAACUUCCACGGAACUUGUAAUAAGAGAAAUAGAGUGCAGGCCUGAAACAAAUGGUUCUGAAAACAGAUGGAAGAAGAAUGCGCCUGUUAGGGAGAUGAAGAAAGCUAAUGAUACAAAUGAAGAAAGCUUCACCUUCUCAAAAGGCUCGCAAGAGACAGUGCUUGAUCGGGUUUCAUGGCGGACUAACUGCAGCAAUGGUGCCCCCGCUGACAAGGCUAGUUGUAGUGAUAACUUCCCAGAAGUUACCAUUUAUGAACACCGUCUAUAUUGUUCAUCUGACGUUCCUGAUGAUCGUAAAGUCAAUCGUAAAUCUGGUGAAGAAAUUAUGGUGGUGGGGGAGAGAAGAAUGGAUCAAGUCAAUGCUGAAAUAAACGGUGACAAGAUGCAGGUAAAUCAACGUAAAGAUGCUAAAGAUCGCUCUUUCAAGACUAUAUUACCAUUCUCUGUAGCUGAAGUCUCGACCAGUCACAGCAGUGCUGACGACGGUUCCGGUAGAAAAGAUGGGAAGAUAAGAUUAGAGAACAGCGAUGUAAGGACGGCGAUUAAGGAGCAGGUUGAUGAAGUUGGCAGAGCUCUAUACCUCGAGAAGUUUAAGCAGAGAGUAGACUUUGAGAACAAUCGAACCUUAGCUUUCCCGCCAUUGAACGAGGCUCGAAAGGAAGAUUUACCCAGGUUACCACCAGUGAAACUCAAGUCAGAGGAUAAGUUGAUGACUGUUAAUUGGGAGGAAAAAUAUGACCGAGAUGGAAUGGCAAGCGAUCUUACCUGUCUUGAAAAUAACUUCCUAAUUGGGUCGUAUCUCAAUGUCCCAGUCGGACAAGAUAUCAAUUCUGCAGGUGGAAAACGUGGUGGAGGCAAUUGGCUCUCGGUGAGUCAAGGCAUUGCAGAGGACAACUCCGAUUUGAUUUCUGGUUUUGCAACUAUUGGGGACGAAUUGAGCGAGUCCAUUGGUUACCCCAACGAGUACUGGGACUCUGAUGAGUAUGAUGAUGAUGAUGAUGUUGGGUACACCAGACAGCCUAUUGAAGAUGAAGCCUGGUUUUUGGCCCAUGAAGUUGAUUACCCGAGUGACAAUGAGAAAGGAAUUGGGCUUGGUAGUGGUCCAGGUCCGCAGGAGAGGGAUCCAACUAACGAUAAUGAUGAAGAUGGAGAUAAAUCCCGGUCAUCCUUGUCCAGUGAGCGGUAUAAUGGGCAACUGAUUGGUGAAGAAGAGUUGAGUUUGAUAUGCAGUGAACCUGUGUGGCAUGGCCUUGUUACAGAGCCAAAUGAACUUAUUAUGCUAGUCGAUGGGAAGGUCCAAAAUAACCUCCCGGGAAGGCCAAGGAUAGAAGACUUUUGUAUUGAAGAUGAUCAAAGAGGCUCAGUUCGAUCAAUAGGAGUAGGAAUCACAGCUGAUGUUCCUGAGAUUGUCAGUGAAAAUCAGCAUCCAAACACCUUGAGAGGUAAUGAUAAUGGUGAUGAACUCGUGAAGUGGAGGCGUAGAAGCAGUGAUUCUUCGAGCAGUAAAGGUUUGGGGGUUGAGGACUGUGCUGUUGCUGAAAGAUCGGUAAAUUCUUCUCCUUCUUCACUCGCAAGUUUCGGGUGCCCCAGGAGAGAACUUAUUGAAAAGGAAGCAGAGGAAGUUGGUGAUGAUGAUGGAAGAGAAGAAGUCCUAGCUGAUUCAGUUGAGGAUGAAGAGACAGCAGCAGUGCAAGAGCAAGUGAGACAGAUAAAAGCUCAGGAGGAAGAAUUCGAGACUUUUGAGCUCAAGAUUGUCCAUAGAAAGAAUAGGACUGGCUUUGAAGAGGACAAGAACUUCCACGUUAUGUUAAAUUCAGUGAUUGCUGGAAGGUACCAUGUGACCGAGUAUCUUGGGUCUGCUGCAUUUAGUAAAGCCGUGCAAGCCCAUGAUCUCCAAACUGGGAUGGAUGUUUGUGUGAAGAUCAUAAAAAACAAUAAGGACUUCUUUGAUCAGAGCCUCGAUGAGAUAAAGCUGCUCAAGUAUAUUAACAAGCAUGACCCAGCUGAUCAAUUCCACAUUUUGCGGCUAUACGAUUACUUCUACUACCGAGAGCAUUUGUUGAUAGUGUGUGAACUUCUCAAAGCAAACUUAUACGAGUUUCACAAAUUCAACCGGGAAUCUGGUGGAGAAGUUUAUUUCACAAUGCCGAGAUUGCAGUCGAUAACUAUUCAGUGUUUGGAGGCACUUCAGUUCUUGCAUGGGCUUGGUCUCAUACACUGUGAUCUAAAGCCUGAGAAUAUAUUGGUAAAGAGCUACAGUAGGUGUGAGAUCAAAGUCAUUGACUUGGGGAGCAGCUGUUUUGAGACGGACCAUCUCUGCUCAUAUGUUCAGUCUCGGUCUUAUCGGGCCCCUGAAGUAAUUCUCGGGCUUCCAUAUAAUCAGAAGAUUGAUAUAUGGUCCCUUGGGUGCAUACUUGCAGAACUUUGUACUGGCAAUGUCCUCUUCCAGAAUGAUUCACUGGCAACAUUACUUGCCAGGGUGAUUGGAGUCAUUGGUCCAAUUGAUCAAAGCAUGCUUGCUAGAGGACGAGAUACACACAAAUAUUUCACCAAGAAUCACAUGCUUUAUGAACGGAAUCUGGAAAGCAACAGACUGGAGUAUUUGAUCCCGAAGAGGAGCUCCCUAAGGCACCGAUUACCAAUGGGAGACCAAGGCUUUGUGGACUUCGUCUCUCACCUCCUCGAGGUUACCCCUGAGAAGCGCCCCACUGCAUCAGAGGCACUGAAGCACCCCUGGCUCUCUUUUCCUUACGAGCCUAUUUCUUCUUGAGGCACUGCAAGAAUCCCUGGAAACAGAGCAAUGUAAUAUUCCGACUCUCUGUUGCACUUUUUUUUCGGUGUACCAUUGAGAGCCCAGAAGAACCCAUCAGGUUCCCUGUUCUUCUGGGUCUGAAGGAGUUGCCUCAUCAUCACUUUGCCCGAUCCAUGCUUGAUUUGUAGUUGGGGUAUGUGUUCUUCUACUGACAAUUGUUGUAACUCACUCUCGGGAGCUGUUUUCGUGUUUUCUUUUUUGCAUGUAAUGCAUCAUUUGAGGGAGCUUCGGUUUGUUUUUCAUCUUCGUUUUCCUGAAUGUGGGCAGGAAGUGGAAUCUAAAUUUUUGUUGUACAUGAUGUUGCUAUGAUUCUUUCUUUAGGAUUGUCUGGUAAUAGCUUGUGGGUUAAGUUAAGUAGCUGUUUCCCUGAAAUAUUGUUCCUCGAAAUCCAUGUAAGAUUCUUGCCAGUUUUCUCGAGGUUUUGCAGCCCGAAUAUCCGGGUCGGCAAUUUUCUUUUGUCUAAGUUGAUGAAGGGGACUUUGGAUGGGGACAAUGCAGUUGGAAGCAUCGGUCAGUUCUGGUUUU